UGGUACCUUUGUGACAGGCCAUUGCAAGGCCCCAGAGGUGCCAGGCGUAGCAUAUCACAACACUCUGCUCAUGGCCCUCUCCCUUUUGUCCAGGUUUGUUCUUCAUAAAACAACAAACCACCUCUAUCCCAUCUCUGGUGUUUGCCAAAGAUGCCUCUCAUAGAUCUGCCCGAGGACGUUCUGACUAUUGUUCUCUCUCAUCUGCAACCUCGAGACUAUCUUGCAUUCUGUCAGGUUUCAAAGGCAAUCUAUCCAGAGUACCGGCAAGCCUCCUUUUAUUGGCGAAUCCAGACCUCCAAUACCUUCCGUCUUCCAAUCAGCCCUUUGCUUGCUGCCGAUGGCCCACGCUGGUACUGGCUCUACAAGCGUCUGAAGACCCAGACUCAACUCUAUACCUGGGGUCAGGGGUUGAAAGGCAAUCUAGGUCCCGGGCGAGCUCUUCCCACUCCACAUCGAGGAUUGGCACCUCCAAGGAUACUCCCGCGUGUUCGGCCAUACCCAGCCCAGAUCUUUCAAAGAACUUCAUCAAGUUGGCCAACAGCGACCCACGUGCCUGACGAAGUGGGAGUGAUAGCUGACCUGCAAUGUGGGGGCUGGUCAACCUCAAUUCUUUCGUCUCAUGGACAGCUCUAUACUGUCGGUAUCAUCGAUUCCCUCAACGGCAUCCCUGUAGGGCAGUCCACCAAAGAGUUCACUCGACUCGAGUACCUGACCCAGAGUACCUCUGCAGUCCGUCAGUUCUCAUCGGGCAGACGUCACAUAUUGGCCUUGACUGAUGAUGGUGAGAUCAUCUCUUGGGACAGAAUCAACGCCAAGGGACUGAAAAUCUUCCCCAGAGGCGGGAGAGAUUUUGGAGGAAAACCUACCAGAGUAGCCGCAGGAUGGGAACAAAGCUCCGCUUACGUACCUGAAGCUGGACUCAUAUUCUGGGAACCUCUUCGGAACAACCAGACCGAUGAAAUGGAAGAUAGCGUUCACGUCAAGGAGAAGACCGUCCCUGGAACAGCACGACGGACGACCGACGAUGGCUACGUCGUUGCCGUCAAGCAUAUUGUGCUGAUGGACUUCUUAGUCUGGAUCACCAGCGACUCGAAAAUCUAUGCCUGUGACAUGCAUGUUGAUAAUCCUGAACAGGAAGAGCCAACGAGUUCUCCCUUUGAGGUUCCUGGUUUCAGUGCGACAGACCGCGAGUUGAAGGACAUCCAAGGCCAGUUCCAGAGAUUCGGUGUUUUCACGGCAUCUGGUGAAGUCCUUGCAGGUGAUGUUGACUAUCUCAGACGAUGUGCAGAAGCCAUAAAGGACCAGCCUGAUCUACUAGAGUCCAGAAACUGGUCUAUCAUGACAGACCUGCUUGCUUCCCGACCCCGAGAUGUUCCCGCACUCCAGCAUACAGGAGUCAUCGGCCUGGCCUACGGUGACUAUCAUUAUCACGCUUUGCACGCCAACGGAAAGAUCACCUCUUACGGUACGGAACCACAACGUUGUGGCUCUCUAGGUUUGGGAGAUCUGCAGGCAGGUGCACGUUUCCGUGGGCUUUAUCGGCGAAAUCCUGUCUCCCGCGCAGACGCCUACGUAUGUGACACCGCUUAUCUUCGCGGCCGUCAAGUCUGGUUCGAACCUCAACGCAAAGACUGGCUUCAGUGGUUGGAAGAGCGGCUACGACUGCUCGAUGUCAAAGUCGACGGUCGUACAGCUCUGGAAAUAUUGCAAGAUGGCAGCAACGAGCAGGCGGCUUUUAGCGAAUGGAUUGAGCAAGAGGGCAAACACUGGGAUGAAGGGCCUGCCGCUACGCCCGAUCGCCUGCUCCAAAAGAACAGCGAGGAGAAGCGAAGUGCAGGUGACUAUUCCCAUCUCGGUGCCUACUUCUCUAUCGCCAUUGCCGCGGCAGGAUGGCACAGUGGUGCACUUGUUCUUGUCGAUGAGGAUCAGGCACAUGAGGUCCGAAGCCUGUGGGUGGUAGCGAAACACCACGACGACGACGAUAGUAAAUCGCGACCAAUGCCUGGUGCCUUUGAGAGCCUCAACGUCAAUGAAGAGGAGUAUGUCUGGACGAGGGAUGGUUUCCCCAGGGUGUGCUUGCCGAAUGGGGUCGAAUUGCCUGGAGAAGGCCAGGUCCGUCCCUGGAGAGAUGGCAUGCCAACCAUGCGAGACUUGGGCCUGGAGUAAGCCGCGUCGUUUCUGUCAUCCCCUAUAAGCGGACUGGAAACGGAAUGCAUUGUAGGAUGAUGAAGACAAACGAAAUGGAACAGAUCAGUUGCAGCAGUGGACCGCCCUGGGGUGGACAGUCUCCGGUGCAACGAUGGCGAGAGAGGGUAUGACACUACGAUGUAAUGAUCACGACGACGAAGGCAAACUCCAUGUCUCUUACCUCCUCGAUAAAGCUGGUGAUGUCUGACGGCAAUGAGACGUAUGCUUCUGGUCACCUCGAAAAUCGAGCCUGAAGCAACUUUUCCACAGUCCCACGGGAUUGGGAGUCCUUCUUUGCGCCCAUUUACUCAGAGUCAGAAUCCUCUUGCCUUGUAGCUUUACUCCACUAGACGGCCCUGCCUUGCCUAGAGCGCAGCGAUGCGACAUGAGCUUCGGAAGGCCGUUGCCAGGCCGCGUACCGCCGUAAUGUUGUUAUGGUCACUCGGGCCAUGCGUAGGAAUCGCAACCCUGGAGCAAAUCGAGUUCACAAUUGUAGAUCAAGAGAUCGGGUAUCAAGUCUACAUGUAUCUUGUCCGAAACCGAGCGCCCAUGCCGAAUCCCAUGCCCAUAAAAUCAUAGAAAUACAUGCCUUCGCCCUCUAA